UGGAAGUUGCAAGGAAUUCUAUUUCUGUUCGGUCUCGGUGCAAUUGACACUAUCUAAAUUUUGCAAAUAGGAGUUCGUCGAAAACGGUAUUUUAUCUAUUACUCAGCAAAUAUAAAUUAUUUUUUGGUAAUUUUUUUUUCACGCGGGAUUAAUAUUUUCUUGCUGAUGAACUAUAAAAAAAUUUCUUCGUCAAUGAAUAAUUUCUAGAUAGAGUGAAACGUUCUAUUUACUGAUUGGUGUUUAAGAAAAAGGAAGCUCUGCUUUAAAUUUAAUUAGGAAACUCGGAAGAAUAUACGAUAUCACUGUUCUCAAAAGCUGCAUUUGGAACAAUGUUGUUCAGGUACAUUGUUCUUCUUCUCUGUGUAACAUUAGCUUUAUCACAAGAAGAUGCUCAAGAUUUUCCAGAUCAGGAUCUCGACAUUGAUGCAGAACAAGUUAAUCCAAAUGAGAAACCUGAUGUUCCUGAAGUAGAGAUAGAAGAAAUUCCUUAUAGCACACCACAGCCAAUUGGUAAUGCUUAUAUAGCUGAGCAUUUUGAUGAUCGUGAAGCAUUUGAUAAAAAAUGGAUAUCUUCUGAAGCCAAGAAAGAAGGUACAGAAGAAAGUAUUGCUAAAUAUGAUGGUAAAUGGUCUGUUGAAGAGGCUGAGAGAAAUGGUUUAAAAGGAGAUUUAGGACUUGUGUUGAAGUCUAAAGCUCAUCAUCAUGCUAUUUCUGCAAGGCUGGAUAAACCUUUCUUGUUUGACAAUAAACCUUUCAUUCUUCAAUAUGAAGUAAGGUUUCAAAAUGGCCAAGAGUGUGGUGGAGCCUAUUUGAAACUUCUAUCUCAAGUACCAGACAUGGAUCUUCGUACUUUUCAUGAUAAAACUCCCUACACACUUAUGUUUGGUCCUGACAAAUGUGGAAAUGAUCAUAAAUUACACUUCAUCUUUAGACACAGAAAUCCAAAAAAUGGCAGCUUUGAAGAAAAACAUCGGAAACGUUCCUCUGCAGUUCCUAAAAUUGAUGAUAUUUUCAAAGACAAAAAGCCUCAUUUGUUUACUUUAGUUAUUAAUCCUGACAAUAAGUUUGAAGUUCUAUUGGACAAACAGAGUAUUCACAAAGGCAGCCUCUUAGAAGAUUUUAACCCUCCUGUUAAUCCUGAACCUGAAAUUGAUGAUCCUAAUGAUAUGAAGCCUGCUGAUUGGGAUGAAAGAGAAAAGAUUCCUCAUCCUACUGCUACAAAGCCUGAUGAUUGGGAUGAAGAUGCUCCUCGACAAAUUGUAGAUCCAAAUGCUCGCAAGCCUGAUGGUUGGCUUGAUGAUGAGCCUGAACUUAUUCCUGAUCCAAAUGCAGAAAAACCUACUGAUUGGGAUGAUGAAAUGGAUGGAGAAUGGGAGGCUCCGUUAAUCAAUAACCCAAAAUGUGAAAAAAUUGGCUGUGGAAAAUGGAAAGCUCCAAUGAUUGACAAUCCCAAGUACAAGGGCAAGUGGAGGGCUCCAUUGAUUGAUAAUCCUAAUUACAAGGGAAAAUGGAAACCAAGAAGAAUUCCUAAUCCUCAUCAUUUUGAAGACAAAUAUCCAUACAAGAUGACUCCUAUUGCUGCAGUUGGUUUUGAAUUAUGGUCUAUGGUGGAUGGAAUUAUGUUUGACAACAUUAUAAUCACUGAUGAUCUUUAUGUUGCUGAGCAUUGGGCUGCUGAGACCUUUGAUUUGAAGCGAGAACUUGCAGAUAGAGAAACUGAUAAUAUGAUCACUAGGCUGUUCAAGUACACCAAUAAGAAUCCUUGGCUUUGGGCAGUUUACCUUGUAGUUAUAGGUCUUCCUGUUGUUCUAUUCAUUAGUUUUUGUUGUACUUCCUCACGUUCCCCUGCUGUUGUUGCUGCUCAGAGGGAUCUUGAAAACAGGCGCAAAGUGUAUGCUGGAAAAACUUUCACAGGUCAAGGAGAUGAAAAAUCUCGUGAAGUUCCCAAAGAAGCUACUAUAACAGAAGUGAAGGAGGAAGAAGAGGAGGAGGAGGAAGCUCCUGUAGAAGAAGUGGAGGUAUUGGACGAAGAGAAAGACAAAGGGGAAGAAGCACAGAAGAAGCCUGCAGCUGGUGAAGAUGAAGAAAAAGCACCUGAAGAUGAUGUAGAAGAGGAAGAAAUGAUGGCUGAUCAGGAAUCUGAUGCAGCAGGCGAUUUUCCUCGGCGACGAAGACCGCGUAAAGAUUAAAUAUUUUAUUUAUUCGUGGGCUGUGGAGAAAGUAUGCAAGAUCAAGUGCCUAGUCAAAUGAAGAAGUAGAUAUUAGAUCUGAAGAGUUUUUUCUCGUCUUAUCUAUAUUGAUUGAUAAGCUCCAUGGCAUAUUUAGUAACUGUUAGUGAAUGAUGAGUGUUCGUGGGACUGAUUUUUUUUUCUUUUGUACACUUGAUUAGAGGUUCAUAACUGGGUUGCUGCGAUAGGCUUUUAGGACUGAACUUUAACAUAAAUGUGCGUAUGAAUGUAAAAAUAUGUGAAGAAAAUUUCCAGAAUUUUUACUUAACCUGGUUUCCAGCCACUCACUAUGCAACUUAAUGGCACCUAAAAUAUUCUUAUAUGUAAAAAAAUACUAUCCAUUUUGGUAUUCUUUGUACUUAUGUGAUGUUCAUAGCAUGUAGGAAAGUAGAAAUUGUUUUUCUCAUCCCCAAGUUCUUUAUUUUAUGUUAGAAAUUUAUUCACAGACAGCUCAGAUAUAUGUUUGUAAAUAAUAUAUUUGUUCUUUAAUAUCUAUGCUUAUAUUCAAAGAAAAAAAAAACUUUUUUCCUCUGUUAUGUUAUCUGACAUGAGUUAAUCAAAUUAUGUUUUGUUUUGUUUUUUGGCAAUAGAUGUUAAUUUUGUUUUAUUAAGUUUUAAAAAAUAUGCUAUCUCAAACAUAUACAUCAAAAUAACUGCAGUCAUGGUUUUACUUCCAAGAACAUUUUUAAUUAGUUGUUUUAGAUGUAUAAAAUUCGAAAAUCAUCUUCACACAUGUUGCUGGGUGUUACAAAUAUUUAGCAUUACAAAGAACUAUACUAUUUUGUAAAUAGUGAAGUUUCCUGAAAUAGCAAAAUCAUGUUCAUUUUAGCUACAGUCUGUUAUUCAAAGUCUACUUAGCAUCCAUUAACUUUUCUUUUCUAAAUCAUUUAUGAACUGUUCCUCCAAAAAAACCCAAGAAAUGUUAUUGCUACACUGUUCUUUUAAAUGAUAUUGUAUAUUCUGCAACCAAAUGUAUAAAGCUUCCGAUUUUCCGGAAAACCGUUGUUUCAUAUUUCUUAUUUAUUAAAGGGAUUUUCUUCCUCCUCCAUUCUUGCUAUAUCUAUGCAAAUGAACAAAUCGUCCUAAAUUUAGUGAUGUAUGACUGAAUGUCAGUGGUCCAAAGCUUCAAUGCAGGAGGUUGUAUGGACAAUUGUUUCAUAACUUUGUAUUAAAUUGGAAUUCUGUAACAAAAAAAAUAUGCAAUGUUUAUAUAUAUUAAGAAAAGCUUUAUUUGUACUUUCUUCUGCACUCUCAUGUUUGCCACAAUAUCCUUCAUUUUGAAUCAAAAACAAUGUUGCAAAACAGCUUUGUCAUGAAGAUGUAUUCAUAAUAAAAGAGAGUGACAUGGGAA